AUGUCAACCUCUGAGAAAGAUGUCAAGGCGGACGCCGCUGCCGAUCCCUCCAUCGAGGUUGAAUACGCGAGUGACCCCGACAGAAGCGGGUUUGACCAAGCAGCCACCAAGAGACUGAUCCGCAAGAUCGACUGGACCCUGAUUCCCUUUCUUGCUCUUCUGUACCUGCUGUCCUUCUUGGACCGCACCAACAUUGGCAACGCUCGUCUCGCUGGUCUUGAGGCUGAUCUUGGCAUGAAGGGUCUUGACUACAACGUUGCUCUGUCCGUCUUCUUCCCCUGGUAUGUCGCCGCCGAGAUCCCCUCCAACUUGGCCAUGAAGCGCUUCCGCCCUUCGAUCUGGAUCCCUUCCAUCAUGAUCGCCUGGGGCAUCUGCUGCACCCUCAUGGGUCUCGUUCACAACUACCCGGGACUGCUGGCCUCUCGCAUGGCUCUCGGCCUUGCCGAGGGUGGUUUAUUCCCUGGUAUCACGUACUACAUCACCAUGUGGUACCGACGUCACGAGUGUGGUCUCCGAAUGGCCAUCUUCUUCUCCGCUGCCACCGCGGCCGGUGCUUUCGGAGGCCUCCUUGCUCGAGGCAUUGUUGAGAUGGACGGAGUUGGCGGAAGACCUGGCUGGGCCUGGAUCUUCAUUCUCGAAGGAAUCCUUACUCUAGCUGUCGCCAUCGCCGCCUUCUUCGUCAUGAACGACUACCCUGCUACUGCCAAGUUUCUUACCGUUGCCGAGAAGGAGGAGGUCACCCGACGCCUCGAGCAGGACCGCUCUGCCCUUGCCGACGAAUUCAGCAUGGUCUACUUCAAGGACGCCAUGAAAGACUGGAAGAUCUGGGUCCACAUGUUCAUCACCAUCGGAAUCUACACCCCGCUGUAUUCGUACUCGCUCUUCCUUCCCACCAUCGUGAGCGGACUGGGAUACACCAACGAAACGGCUCAGCUAAUGACUGUCCCCCCCUACUUUGUGGCUUGCUUUUUCUGUAUUGGCGGUGGCUGGUUGGCUGAUCGCCACCGCCAGCGUGGUAUCUACAUGAUCUUCUUCUGCUUGGUUGGAAUUGCUGGCUUCAUCAUGCUUCUCUCUUCCCAGAGCAAUGGCGUCAAGUAUGCCGGUUGCUUCUUUGCCGCUUCUGGUAUCUACCCCAACGUCCCUCAGGGAGUCGCGUGGAAUGGCAACAACAUUGGAGGCUCCGUUAAGCGAGGUGUUGGUAUUGCGAUGCACGUCGGUUUCGGCAACCUCGGUGGUGCCAUCGCCGGUUUCCUGUACCAGGCUAAGGACAAGCCUCGCUACUACCCCGGUCAUGGUACGCUACUGUCGACAUUGACGAUGUCCAUGUGCCUUUCAACCUUCAUGACCAUAUAUCUUCGCCGUGAGAACGCCCGACGAGACCGCGAGUACAAGGACCCUGCCUUGUACACAGCCGAGGAGAAGGCUGCCGAGCGUCACAAGGGUGACAACGCAACCUUCUUCCGAUACACUGUUUGA